UAUCGAGCUGACGCGUGAAGGAAACUGUAUCUGGGCCGGCCCACCUUAUCUCCUUGGACCACGCCGUCUCUGCCCCUUGCUGCGCGUCUUCGUGUGCUCGCCGUCGAAGCCCCUGCCCCCGCCGCCGGUCCACCGCCACCCCGGCUUCCCUCUAACCGCCCCCACCCACCUUCUUCUCCGGCGAGGUUCCCGCACCACCCGCCGGAACCCUAAGUCGUCGCACCCGCCCGUUGCUGCCUCACCUCCGUCGGCCGCGUCGUCCCCCAGCAGCGAGCCCCCUCGCUAGGGUUCCCCCGCCGCCACCGCUCCAGGGCCGGUGACCCCACCGCCGGCAGCUCCGGCAGGGAAACAGCGGCCACCCCCCAUCCCGCACACGUCCCUCCUUUGCUCGCCUUGCGUCGCCGCCUCUGCAUCCGCAUCAAGGACCGCGCCCGCCUCUACAUCCGCCGCCGACGAGCUCUCCGCAGCAGCGAGCUCUCCGGCCGACCGUCGACCUCGUCCUCCCCCAGCAGCGAGCCCAAAAGAAGUCACCCUAACAUGGCCGAUGGCAGGUAGAAGCAUGCUUUAGAAGCGGAGCGCCCAGCCGCCGCCGUCCACCAAGCGCCGCCUCCCUCGUCGAUAUACACCACCAACCUCCGACGAGACGCCCGGGAUUCCCCGUCCAGUCCUCCCGUCGCCGGAGACUCGCUGCCUCGCCACUCCCGACGAGAAUCCACUCCACCGCCGCGCCGAUCCUCAGCGGUUCCUCAGUUCUCCGCCCCUAACCCUAGCCGGUAGCAGGGCGCCGCGGGCGUCCCUGCACCAACGGCAUUCGUGCAGCACCCCACCCAGCAGGCGCUCGAAGCCUCCAACGGCACUAUGGCAGUCAGUGCGUUCGCGCGCAUGGAGCUGCGCUGCCCCAGGGAGCUCGACCCCCGCCCGAGCUGGACCCUCGGCGACGUCCUCACCGAGCUCGACGCUCUCCAAGCCACCCGCCAGGCCGCACAGCCCACUCCCCUCAAGGAGCCACCGGAGUGGGCUAGCAGCGCGAGGGAGAAGCCCUUCGUGAUGCGGGUGGAGGAGGACGAUGGUUCCGAAGAGGAAGAGGAUAGCAGCGACGAGGAUGCCCGGGCUAUCGUGACCACCGGAGCGAGGUUCUCAUGCAAUGAUCUCGAAUUGAGCUUCGAAGAAUCAGAGGAUGAAUUGGACUGCAGCAGUGCAUCAUACAACCUGAUGGAGAAAAGGAGCAUAGAGAAGAGCGUUCUCCUUGAGCUGGAACGCGAGCACCAACUCAAAAUUCAAGAGGAAGUUAGAAGUAAGCUAUCUUCGUUGGAGGUGUGCCACCAAAAUGAGAUCCAGAGAACAGUUUCUGCAUUUGCUCGCCUUCAGAGAGACGCUGAAUCACGAAAAGAGUUAGAUAGAAGGCUAGAUGUCCUGUUCCAGAGAAGAAUUGCAGAAGUACUGGAUAAACACUUGUCUAUGGUCCAAAGUGAUCAUGAACAGAAAUCCCAGAUAUUGGAACGGAGAAUAAAAGAUGAUGCAGCUGUCGAAGAAGCUAAAAGACGGGAGCAAUCAAUGAAGGAUGAAAAAAUAAAGCAGGAAAGGACCCGGCAAGAAGCAGAGGCCAGGCAGAAGGCAGCUGCAAAAUUAGCAGCUGAAGCACAAAAAGCAGCAUAUGAGGCUGCUAAAAAGGAAGCUGCAGAAAAGGAAGCUGCUAAAUCGAGGGCAGAAGUAGUUUCCACAUCUGGCCAAACUUCUCAGAACAAUAUUGAUAUCAAAUCAGAAUUACCAGGGAUCAAAGUCUAUGCCAAUAGUUCUGCAUUAAAAGCGGAAUCGCGGGGGCGUGCAUUACAUGACCAAGUGCCAUCAAACAUUUACCUCAGCAAGGAUUACAGCCGAUAUGACCGGCAAAUUGGAAAGUCUAUUAGUAAACUUAUGCCUACUACAGACAGUGUCAAAGCCAGGGCUAGUGAGCUUAUUAAAGCUUUAGAUGGACAAGAAUGUCCUCGCCCAAUUGCUUGUCGUUUAUUCGCAGACAAGAUGAUUUCAAUAGUGAAGAGUCGAAAUCCAAAGGAUAAAACCUUUGGAAAUUUGGCCUUUGCUUGUGGAUAUGUCAUGCUGCUAGUCACUAACCAGGUACCAGAUGCAAUGGAUUAUCUCCUAGCCGAGUUCCAUAAAGUUUGCAUGUACACAGUUCCGAAACAUCUGCAUGCUUUGAAUGCACAAGCACGGAACACAGAUUACUUUAGGCUUAUUGGCUACCAGGAGGAAGAUGGAAAACUUCAGAGCACUGAGGCAUAUUUGGUAAAUGUUGCUGCAUACGUCAAGCUUUAUGCUGCCAUGAUUCAGACAGAAAUCAAGGGUGUGCGGCAUCCACAUGGCUUAGCUGAGGGAUGGAAAUGGCUUGCAAUGUUCCUCAAUUCUCUCCCAGCCAUCACAGCCACUGCUUGUGCCCUUCAUGCUUUCCUCAAGACGGCUGGGUUUGCGCUUCACAAGAAAUAUGGAUCCCAAUUCAUGAAAAUUCUGGAUGUCAUAUCACGGCAGUUCAUACCAGCUUUGAAAGAACAAGGCCCGAAAGUUCAGGCAGAGGCUAUCAGUAAUCUACAAAAUUAUCUGGAUGACAAAAAAUAUCUGGAGGAGCCAGAAGGGCAGUACCUUGCCCAGCAGCUGCUAUCAAAAGGGUACAUGUGAAGAUCAACACUGGAUCGGCAUGGAGCUAUCAGCUAUGGUGUAUGGGCGCUGGCCACUUGGUCGUUCAUGAUUAGCAGCAGCAGUUGCUAACUGGUUCGCCAUGUGCUCAGAGAGGCAGUAGUAUUUCGUCGAGGGAGUGUGCUGCACGGUUAUAACUAUAAACUAUGGAGAAGCCCAGGACCGUCUUGAAGAUGAAGACUGUUUUAGAUAGCCUUCAUGUAUGGUCUUGAAAGAUAAUUUUUGAUAUGACGGGUUUCUUAUAUUUUUAUGUGGCACAUGUGAUCUUGUGAACAUGAAUUAGGAUAAGUGGAGGUCAUGCCAUUUGUUGUAUUGCAUGUGUGUACUGUGAGGGAAAAAUGUUCCGUCAGCUUGAAGCCAACCUCGUUCUGGAUGCAAUUCAGCUGCGUUGAACAAAUUAUUUUUUGUUACGUCA